AGAGAGAGAGAGAGAGAGAUGAAAAGCAUGCUAAGCGAGAGAGAGGCGCUCACACUGAAGGAGGCAGAGGCAACAGCUACAGCAACAGCACGCUCCUUCCCCAUCCUCCCUCUCUUCUCUCAUAAUCCCACAUCCACGCCGGGGGAGAUGGAGGGCGCCCUGACCCGCUGAGGAGCUCUGUCUGAAGGAGAGGACAAUUUCACAUGAGCCCCCCCCCUCCUGUGAGCGCCCAGAUCAUAUUUUUGGGACAAUAACCAACAAGGAGUGAAAGGAGGUGUGUACACAAACGAGCCUGCCGGCGGGAGGGAGGGAGGGCGCAGGAGAGAAAAGAGGGGGAUGAGUGGCAGGUUCGGUACAGCUGCUGAUGCCAGGGUCUGAGAGUGAGACAGACUGAGGAACGGAGGGCUGGCACGUGUGGAGCGGGGUCGGCAACUUGUGGGCCAAGAGGAUAGGAAAAUAGAUUCACAUACGCACACAGCUGGACAGAUGAGGAGGCAUCAGGGACCACGCUUCAGUCCUGGGUGCAUGGUGCACUGACCCUGCCUGCGACAGGCGAGGAGUCAGAGGACCAGGGCCAUGAUUGGCUCUCCUGGCCCUGGUGGGCGUGCCUUAGUGCCAUGGCCGAGGGUGUGGCAGUGGGUCCUGGCUGCUUCUCUGGUUGCCGUAAUAACCGUGACGCUGCCAGGAAGUAGCCAGGCCUGCCCGCCACGGUGCGAGUGCUCGGCUCAGCUGAGGUCAGUGUCGUGCCAGCGGCGGCGGCUCACAAACAUCCCAGAGGGCAUCCCCACCGAGACACAGCUUCUGGACCUCAGCAAGAACCGGCUCCGCUGGGUGCAGUCAGGCGACCUGGCACCGUACCCGCGACUGGAGGAAGUGGACCUCAGUGAGAACCUCAUCGCCACAUUAGAGCCCAAUGCCUUCGCCACCCUCCAGAGUCUUAAAGUGCUGAAGUUAAGGGGGAACCAGCUGAAGCUAGUGCCCAUGGGGGCUUUUGCCAAGCUGGGCAAUCUGACCAGUCUGGACCUGAGUGAGAACAAGAUGGUGAUUUUAUUGGACUACACCUUCCAGGAUCUGAGGAGUCUGAAACAUUUGGAGGUGGGAGACAAUGACCUGGUUUAUAUCUCCCACAAGGCGUUCUCAGGGCUGCUGGGGCUGGAAGAUCUCACAAUAGAGCGCUGCAACCUGACAUCCAUCUCCGGCCAGACGCUGUCUUACCUGCGCAGCCUGGUCACCCUUCGCCUCCGUCACCUCAGCAUCAUCGCCCUGGAGGACCAGAACUUCCGCAAGCUCUCCAACCUGCGGGGUCUGGACAUCGAUCACUGGCCGUACCUUGAGUACAUUUCCCCUCUAAGUUUCCAGGGCCUGGACCUCCACUGGCUCUCCAUCACCAACACCAACAUCACCUCCGUCCCCUCCGCUUCCUUCAAGAACCUGGUGCACCUCACCCACCUCAACCUGUCGUACAAUCCCAUCACCACACUAGAGCCCUGGGCCUUCAAAGACCUGCUGAGGCUGAAGGAGCUCAUCAUGGUAAGCACAGGGUUGACGACAGUGGAGCUCCACGCCCUCGGAGGCCUUCGACAGAUCCGGGUCCUCAACUUUUCCUCCAACGACCUGCAGACUUUGGAAGAGGGCUCCUUCCACUCUGUCAACAGUCUGGAGACCCUCAGAGUGGAUGGGAACCCCCUGAUGUGUGACUGCCGUCUGUUGUGGAUCCUGCAAAGACGCAAGACCCUCAACUUUGACGGCAGAGUGCCCGUGUGUGCGGGGCCGGUGGAAGUGCAAGGGGUCAGCCUCAGCACCUUCACCGAUUCUGCACUCUUCGAUCACUUUACAUGCCAGAAACCUAAGAUACGCAACCGUAAGCUGCAGCAGGUAAUAGCGCGUGAGGGCCAACCGGUGAGUUUUCUGUGUCGAGCUGAAGGAGAACCUGCACCUGCUAUUGUCUGGAUUUCCCCACAGCGCAGACGGAUCACAGCCAAGAGUUCAGGGCGCAUUACUGUUCUCCCUAGUGGCACCCUGGAGAUCCGCUACGCCCAGCUUACUGACAGCGGAACAUACAUCUGCAUUGCCAGUAACGCCGGAGGCAAUGAUACCUACUUCGCCACACUCACAGUGCGUGGCCAGCCGCUAGAUGCCGCCUCAGCCUUCUUUCUCAACCGCUCACUGUACAGCGGCGAGUUCUUCAACGACACAAAUCUGAACAGCACGCGCGUUUUCCUCAAGUUCACCUUGGACCUGACCACCAUCUUGGUCUCCACGGCAAUGGGUUGCAUCACCUUCCUGGGGGUGGUCCUCUUCUGUUUCCUGCUGUUGUUCGUGUGGAGCCGGGGACGCGGCCAACGCAAGAACAACUUCACAGUGGAGUACUCCUUCCGGAAAUCUGAACCCGCCACUGGCGGCUCCUCAGGAGGGACCAGGAAGUUCAACAUGAAGAUGAUAUGAAACAACGCAGCCAGGGGUCCCUCGGGGGAGGCAUGAGCACGUCCCAAAAACGUGUUUGACACACGCAAACACACACAGCCACUGACUCGCAAAGAAGUGUGAAAGCACAAUAUAAGUUCCUGUCUAUGGCUCCAUUCAAAAUUGAGCGCCCACAUUAAAACUGGAGCCAUGGCUUGAUUUGAUUUGAUUUGAUUUGUGAAUGAAAACAAAACGACCCUGAUCUCUCUGCCUCUCAGUGAUUUUAUUCAGCUUGUGGUGAAAAACCAUGUGAAUGACACGGUAAAGAACUACAGCAUUGACAGAUUUAAGAGCUACUUGUGGUCCAUGCUUAACAAGAAUAAUCGAUUCAAGAAUUAUAGGAGUUAAGUUUUUGAAAUUGGCAUGAUUACUAAGCUGUGGGAUGCUGGUAGCCCUGUCUCUCUGUUACAUUACUGAGAUAAUGAAAAAAAAAAAAGAUUUCCUCUUUCAUUUAAAUUUCCCUUUACUGUAUUCUGUGCAGUCUGGGAUUUUAAAAGAAAUGUGAUGCGGGGAGAUCUGACUACCAUCCAUUUAUAGCAUCUGUAGCUAUGCUCCUCUAAAGUCUGCCGUGUUAAGAAUCAUGUAGAAAUGCAGCUGAGAGUUAAGUUGUUCAAACCUUCAAAUAAAACAAAUUGUUUUGAAAAACAGUUUGAAUAUGUUUUUCUAUCGAGCAUGUAACAGCCUCCUUAAUCUAAUCUGACCACGGCUGAACAGUGAGGAGGGUUCUUCAUUAGCAUUAUCAUACAUCAUUUGUUUUAAUGAACAAAAGCUUAAUGGAUGUAAAAUACAAUCUGAUAAUAACACCUGAUAAGAAGCAAAAUGGAUUUGGACAGAAGAUUCGGCCUUUUUCUUCUUUGUGAGAUUUUGCGACAACGUUAGCUGUGUGAGUUUGGGACGAGCACACUGGCCAAGAGCUGGCGUGGCUGCCCGUGGCCCGGAGGGUUUGGUUAGGAAGUCAAGCCCACCGGACACGGGCAGCCACAGUAACUAUAGCAACCAACACAACAGAGAGCAACGGGGACGGGGCUGGUGGCCGCAGGAGGGUCGCUGGGUAGAAGAGGAGAGGGAAAAAAGAAGUCCCUACAUCACAAGCUCCGUUCAUGCUCUUUCAUCCACAGGAGAGGCUCAACCUGCCGGCCCACCCUCUGUCCCUGCCCCUCUGCUGUGUUGGUGGACGCCUGACCUUCCCAGUGCUGCCAGGGGGGAGCAGCCCGGAGAGUUGGGUCAUACUCAGAGGCAGACAGAGGACACGCUGUCGGGGUCUUCACAUAAACACACAUUCUAGUGCACAUAGCAACACAUGUACAGCACCUUUUCUCAGGAGAAGUGAAACAAUUAGCCUCCAGAGUGAGUGUAAGCACACAUACAUGCUCUGUUAAAGAUAUAACAUUCCAGCAAUACUGUAUGUAGAGCCAUAAAGCCAAAAUUCAUUCUCUCAGAGAGAACUGAUGUAAAUGUUUGAGUGAAGAAACAAAGCCAUAGUAUGUGUAGGUUGUUUUCUUUUUAUACAGUAAUGUGUGCAUGAUUCAGUUAUAUAAUAAUAAUUAUUGCUACUGCCAUCUUACAAGCUGGUGUGAUGAUCAUAAGACCAUCUGCUGUCGCUGGGCUUGCAUAAAGUUGCACCCCGUAACACACACACACACACACAAACACACACAUACAUAGAAGUGGCAAAGCCUCAUCAAGGUUUCUUAGAUUGAUAGCAACAACAAUCACAGUUACACAUGAAUAAACAUACAAACUGAUGAAGCUCAUGACGCCGACUGCUGUCUCUCUCUGUCUCUGAGACGGUCGGUGUGCGAAUGUCUCUGCCCCCCUAGCCCAGUGCAUCCCCCCCUCCUCAACCCUACCCCACCCACACACACACACCCCCACUGGGUCCUCCUUUGGGAGGGGUCCCUGGCUGGAGACCGAGGAUUCAAAAUGUAAAUGAAGUCGUGUUAACCCUACCCACGCCAUGUGCAUCGUAUAGUGGAGAGUAGUACUGUGGUUUGAAAAAAACAACAACAAAAAAAUUUACAACAAAAAACUUUCUUUGAAGUGUUCUGUUGAUUCUUGUUUGUCCUCCAUUUUAAUUUCCUCAGUUGUUGUUGUUCUCCGUGACCUUUUGGCUGUUUACCGUUUUAAAGUUCCCCGUCCUCUGUGAGGGGCUGUUCUGUUCUCAACACCCAAAAAAGUUCUCACGCAGCAGAUAGUGCUCGUGGCAUUUCACAUCUCAGCGUGCACAUCAGCCAGAACCAGGCAGAGCGAUAUUUCAAUCAAGAAACAAAGCAGUGGUUCCUAAACUAGUGUCACAUGUUCAACUGGGGAUGUGCCAAGAUGAUAAAUAAGAUGAGAAAAAGAAAAAACAACAUAGCUCUGCUGCACUAAAUUAUUCAAUUAUAGAAUAGUUUUAGCUUCUCUGGAGUCGAUGCACCAGCUCUUUGUAACGUAACCUAGUUAAAAGUGUUAAGUAGAGAUUUACCAAUCACUAGAUUUAAUUGCUGGCACCCAACGAACGAUUUCUUACUUCGAGAUUGCUUGAAACUUUAAUAUUUACACACGUAACAGCCAGGUGUAACUGUUGUAUAGCUAACUGAAUCAUUUGACCUGUUGACAGUGAAGAGUUUAAGAGCUAACAGAGUAUGGUCGACAUAUUUAACCUGACACUUGAUCCAAAUGCUGUUUGAUUAUAACUUAAACUGGGAGUUUUUUACCCAAUAUCCCUUAAAUUCAGAGGUGUGAACUCACGACAUAUGACAAGUAAGAAUAGAGUCACAAAUUUGAUGAUUUUAGAUUCAGCAAAAUCAAAAAAACUUUAACUUUAACACAAAUGAGUCGUUACUCCACUUGGACUUAGCCUUUUGACUUAAAAUAACUUGAUCCCUUCUCCCUAAGCCCAAAGAUUAAACAAUAUGUUGUUUAGAAAUGUGCUACAAAUCAUUUAAUUUCCCUUAAUUUCCGGAACCGACGAUUAACAGUAACGCUAUUCAUUCCUAGCAAGUCGCCACUUUAUUCCGCAGAUCCACUUUGUUUAAACCAAUCCAGCAACAUCCAAUCAAGUUGCAGCCACCACCCCCCACGCCCCCGGGUGUCCAAGAGUGGGCCAAAGCGAGACAUUUAAAACCACUUGGGAUUAGCAAGGUGGAGGCUGGGGUGGAGGAGGCAAAGCUUUGCCAGUAGCAGCAGCAGCAGCAGCAGCAGCAGUAGUGGUGUGUGGCAGCAUUGGUGUAGCAGGGAUCAGUGAGUAGGAGGCCAUUUUUAAAUGGACCACCUUGUGUAGGAAUGGGCUGUGUGGGCUGAUUACAGCUGGGACGUAUGACUUCAGUGUCCUGCAUGAACUAACUCAAAGCUUUAUUUGCAUAAAAGAAUGAUACCAAAGAUAAUUAAGUUUGCAUACAAAAACUACGCAGUGGUCAACAAAAAAUAAAUUUCAGUGUGCAAAAUGUGCAGGUUUAAAAUUAGAGGUGAAGAUGACUUCCAACAAACCUGUUUUAAUACAUAAAUACAAAAUUUGAAAUGCAUUCAUAAUUUUUGUAAUUUUAACAUAUUUUUACCCUGUUGUUAAAAUGGUUGUUAAUCAGUUAUUUCUGAUUAUUUUAUAUGGCCAACUCUUGAACACAUUUACGGAGCGACGACUGCAAGCUCGUUUAGACAGUCAUAUGUCAUCUACAAAACACACCCUCCCAAUUUGGCGGUCUAUUUAAGCUGUUAAAUUUUCCCAGUGCUCCCUUUGCAUGGUCUAUGCUGCUCUUUUAGCCCCACCUCCACCCCAGCAUCCACCUGCAGUCUCCGGCUAGGGGGGGUAUUUAAUAAUCACUCCCCAGUAUCUCAUGUAAACAUAUCUGUGGGGAGCAAUGAGACUGGAGUUUAGACGCCAAACUCUAUGUUCUGCUGUUGAAAUAAACAUACAAACACGAGUUGUCUGUUCUGAACCAUGUGUGCAGAAAUGUAACAAACUCAACCUACAUUUACAGAUGACCAACAAUUUAAUAUAGUGUUUGCCACUUUAGUUAAUAACAUCUAAAGCUUAGUGACAGAUUUAUACACAGCUGGUGCUUUUCAAUUCAUUGACAUGUGCAAUAUAUCAUGAGGAGCACACAUUGCGUCAUUUUAGGGGUCAUGCUGUAGAAAGUAGGGACCCACUGGUGUGAAGCACCUCGACAUUGUAUAAAGACAAGUUUACGGUUUGGAAAUAAUUUGCCCCAGGUAACAGAGAACCUCAAACUCUCCAAACUUUUGCAAAAUAAAUCCUGCAAACUCCAUUUUUGUCCCCAGUGAGGGAUGAUGAAACCACAGCUUCUGUGUCAGGAUGAAUAACUCAGCAGCUGUUAAAGAUUCAUGAGGCCGAAUGAGAAUAGAUGAACAAAUUGGCCUGUUUUUUUUUUUUUUUUUUUUCUCCAUUCCCUUUAACAGUGUCAGCGGCCAUUUCUGUGUUGAGAACAGGAUGUCGCCCUCAUGGAUGUCUCCUCUCCCUGAGCUGACCCUUUUGUGUUUCCAUUCCCCGGUAUUUCUCAGUGGAAACUAGGUUUUAGAAGACAGUGAGAAUGUCUGUAGUGAUUGUCGAUGGUGUUAUUGUGCAAACAUCAAUCACAAAUGUAAGCGUAGAUGAGGGUGUGUUUUCGUUUUAUCUUCUUCUUCUCCUUCUCCCCCUCUUUGCGGUCCUCCUCCCCUCUUCCCGUUCCCUGUCUUCUUAACAUUUCCACCCCUCGUUGUCCCUGUUCACAGUAUUAGGCUGGAUUAUGGUUGUGUGGUAGUAGACACGUGUCCUGUGUGGUCGGUGUUGUCGUGUUAUGAUUUGUUGCUCCUCGUGAUGCCAUCCAACACGGAGCAGUGACUGGAUCAGUGGAGACAAAAGAUGAAAGGGGUGACCCAGGUUCCCUAAAAAAAAGAAAAAAAACAUUGGUUCCCAUUUCACGCCCUACUCAUUCCCGAAAAACCACUUCUGGAACUUUCCCCGCUCUGCUCAGUGCCGCUCUGGGAUCUUUCUCUGGCUAUGAAACCCCACAGACUGUACUGUAUGUAUUUUCUCUGAUGAUAUCUUGUCACACUUUAACUUACAAAUGUAGAAAGGGGGGUUGGGUUGUUUUAAUACCGUGACUUUGAGCCUACACUCACUUUCUGCCUACUGUGGAGUCAUUUUGUCAAGGAAGCAGCUCAUUCACUGAAAACAGACAUUUUUCAUGUUGGUCAGGGUUGAAAAUAAGCGCCUGUGUCUCUUCAAGCCCCACGAGUCCUUGAAUGCCUUCCUGUCCCCUCCAGCUUCAAUUUCCUGCCAGAGAUCCAUUAUCAAAGGCUUUAGAAAUACGUUAAAAAUUUUAAUUGAUGGAGACUUUGCCAAACAAUUGUUAAGCAGCUCUCUCGUUUUAUUUAAAGGUGCCAGUACACACGGCUUUGCAGCCAAGCCAUUGCCUCAGUCUGGCUGUCAGACUCUGUGUGUUUGUAGAUACCAGUGGAGCUUGAGCUUGAUUCAUCUCCUCUGCCGUGAUACUUGAGAAAGUAGGCUGAGUGAUCCCCGCGCUCCCUCCUCCGGUUCGCCCUUGCCUGGGGUUGGUGUACUGUAGUCUAGACGCCCCAUUUACAACAGCAGCAGCAGCAACUGCAGCAACAACCGUUCCUUCCGCUGGGGACCUCUUCAAAGACGCACACCAAAAUAAGACAAACCCUUUGGCACCAAUGAUCAUGGCGUCAUUACCAGCCAAGCCAGAAUUAUUCCUUUUUUAUUAUUAUCAUAAUUUCCUAAUGUUUCAGUUGUAUUUCUCAAUUGAAGGACCAGCCCUCUUUGCUGUUGUCUCACUAUUUGGCCAAGACGACUGCAUUUCUAUGUGCAUUUUCUUGGUUUCAUGUCAUUUCUGACUCCAUAUUAGCUCUAAAUGAAUCCAUCUCCUACUCCAGAUCCUACAGCUGCUGUUGCGAUUGGAUUAGACUUGAGUUGAAUUAUCAGAGCUGAGAGGAGCAGUAAUGGGAUGACGGAGAAGUGAGCUUGGCUGAUUGGGUGAUUACUUGGCUUAUUAGUCCCAUUUCCAUAACAGACCUCGCAGAACAGUGUCUCACGCCAAGACUGGAGGCUGAAUUCAUGGUGUCAUUUUACCUUUUAUUUGAUAGAGAUAUUACAUAUGAUAGUUUUAAUUGGAGAUGGUGAUGUACUAAAGCAGUCGCUGUUAACUGACAUUCAGGUAUAAUGUGGCAGAGCAUUGCUGAAGGAUUGUUUAAAGCACCUUGAACAGACAAAUGCUUCAUCUUAACCUUGACCAGACAAAUUCCACUGCCCCCCUUUCUAUGUGGCAAUACUGAUCCCAAGUGGUCAAUGUGAGUAACAGCAACAAAUGGGACCAUACUGCCGAUGCUGAUGUAUCAGUGUUAUUAUGUGGUGGGGAAGGUAAAACAACAGCUCUGGGUCUCAUACAGUGAAACACUAAAGAGAGCAAAUUGACUGUUAGCUUCAUAAGUCAGUGCUUUACUGAUUUUUUUCUUAUAGCCAUAGCGUGACCUCCUCUCCGCUGUGGGUGUCUGGGGGCGAUGUUUGCCCUCAGCCACCUGUGAGGGAGUAAUAAGGAGAGGCCUCCAUCUGAUCAAAAGCAGCAGUUCUGACCUGGUUUGCCUGGACUCAGUCUGUAGAUUGAAUAAAUACUUUCUGACGCCCCCUCCGCCAGUCUCACGACAAACAAUAACAAACCAUGAUAAAACGUAACAGCAUUGUUCUUUCUCUGUAUUUGACUGAGAGCUGAUCGGCAAAACGGUCGGUUCCUCACAAUAGAGAAAACAAAACUUUCUUUCUUGUGGUCUUAGCAGGUUUAAUCUAUGCAUGCCUUUUGUAUACAGUGAUUGGUCUUGCCAAACUCUCACCUACACUUGUACGGAGAGCUAUGGGUGCCAUUGUUGCUGGCCAUGGGACUGGUUGAAACAGACUUCCUGUAAGAGCAGGUGGGACCAUUAAAGGGGACCUAUUAUGCUAAUUUUCAGGUUCAUACUUGUAUUUAAGGUUACUGCUAGAACAUGUUUACAUAUUUAAAUCUUAAAAAAAAAACACUUCCUCACUGUCUGUGAUGGAUCACCUGUUUUCACACUGAAAUGCUCCGUUUGUUUCUUUAAGCCCACCUCCCAAAAAAGGCCAUUCUGUUCUGACUCGUCAACGUUUCCUGACCGUAUUUUGACAUCUUUGCACUGUCACUGCAGCCGGAGAAUGACUAAGGAUAGUGGCACUUUUUUACCAUGACCGGGGAGAAUAUUAAAAACGCUAGCAACCCAGAUUAGGCUAAAUGUUUCCCUGAUGUUAGCAUGUAGCUACAUGUACAAGGAAUGACUGUAAUGGAAAAUAGAAACACUGUUAUUGUCAAAAUCUCAGAAAAAAGCUUUUAAACACAAUCAGACAUGUUUUGCUGAGAAUAUGGUCCGAAAUCAGGGAGAGUUUCACAACAUAAGCACACAAAGUUACACAUUUCCUUGACAAUAGCAUGUAGCUACAUGUACCAUUGUACUUGCAGCCGAGGAAGGACUGUAAUGGAAAAAUAGCGAUGCGCUUUACUGUAAAAAUCACAGAAAAAAAGCUUUUAAACAUUAUCAGACAUGUUUUGAUGGGAAUAUGAUCUGAAAUCAGGGAGAAAUUUCUAUCAUUGGCAACCAAGUUUACAUGUUUCCCUGAUAUUAGCAUGUUGCUACAUGUAGCAUUGUACUUGCAGCAGGGGAAUGACUGUAUCAGAGCAUAGUGGCACUAUCUACCAUGAAAAAUCAACAAGAAAAGCUUCUAAACACAACUGGACAUUCCAUGGGAAAUAUGAUCCAAAAACUGGGGAGAAAUUUACAACAUUAGCAACUGAGUUUACAUGUUUCCCAGAUGUUAGUAUGUACCUACAUGUUUUUAGCGGUGAAUUUGCAGGAGAGCAAUGACUGUGAUGGAGAAUAGCAACAAUUUUUACUUUGAAAUAUCACCAAUAAAAGCUUCUAAGCACAACCAGACAUGUUCCAGCAGGAAUAUGAUCCAAAAUCACGGUGAAAUUUAUAUCAUUGGCAACCAAGUUUACAUGUUUCCCUGAUGUUAGCAUGUAGCUACACACAUUGAUUUGCAGCCAGUGAAUGACUGUUACAGAGAAUAGCAGCACUUUCUAACAUGAAAAAUCAACAAUAAAAGUUCCAAACACAACCGGACAUGUUCCAUGAGGAAGAUGACCCAAAAAUUUACAACUUGGCAACCUAGUUUACAUGUCUCCCUGACAUUAGCAUGUAGCCACAUGUUUGUUUGUAGUAUACUUGCAGCCGAGGAAGGACUGUAACAGAAAUUGUUGUCAAUUUUUAACAUGAACAAUCACCAGUAAAAGCUUCUUAACAAAACCAGAAAUGUUCCAGCAGGAAUAUGAUCCAAAAAUUGGCGAGAAAAACAUUGGCAUCCAAGUUAACACGGUUCCUUGACAUUAGCACGCAGCCAUGUGUUUGUUAGUAGUGUACUUGCAGCCUAAGAAGGAGUGUAAUGGAAAAUAUUUUAACGUGAAAGAUCACCAAUUAAGGCUUCUGAGCACAACCAGACAUGUUCCAGCAGGAAUUUGAACCAAAAUCAGGGGAAAAUUAGCAACCUUGGCAACUAAGUUUACAUGUUUCCCUGAUGUUAGCAUGUGGCUACAUGUAGCAGUGUAGGCUACAUAAUGUAAACACUGGCAGUAGUUCACCCGGAGGAGAUGAAAAAGAAAUCGGUCACCAAAAAAAAACGUUCGUAUGGUAGAUGGUAGAAAACUUUCUUUGCUAAUGGGGAUUACUUCUACAUACAUUUACCUCAUCAUUUGAAAUUUUGGCCACAUGUGAUUUAAACAUCCUUCAUUGUAACACCAUAAGACACAAAGUACAGAGAAGCAUAAUAGGUCCCCUUUAAAGUGUUUUUAACGUGGUACAAAUUGAAGCCAGGGGCGAGUAAUCACCUGCACCUGCAUUCACGAAUAUUCAAAGAAGCGUGCAUCUUACAAAAGAAGCAUUUGUUUACUUGGGAUGAUUGUACUUUUACACAUAUCUAUCCACACACAGAGGAUGUGUAAGCUGUAGAUAAAACGAUUGAUAUUCCAAGCAGGAUGGUGGGACUGAUCAAUGCUGUAUGGGGAUAGGAUUAUUAAUGGCAUACUUUCAUUGAUCUAUCUUGAACCUUGCCACUCUCCCAGAAUCCCUCUGGAGCAGGAGGAGGCGUACAGAGCUCUUACAGACCUGGUUGGCACUCAUUCCUAGGUUUCCAUUUUAAGAUGAUUUUCCUCUUUUAAGAACGAGAUGGUGCCAGAUUUCGACUAUUUUUUCUCUCCCAGGUCUGAGCUGAUGUAACGCUCUCUUACGUCUCCUGCUCUUCAGAGGAAGCUGUCAUUACGGUAUAGCUCUGUAUUUGUUGGAGCCCUCUAAUGGAAGAUAUAGUUUAUUUCUCAAAUUUGGCUGGGGUAAACGUAUUCCCUCUUCUCUCACUGUCUUUCUCUCUCCUUCCUCUCUCUAUCUUCUCUCUCUCUUACUGUCUCUAUCAACUUGGCACCGACCUCGUUAAACAUUUCAGAACAUUUUUCAUCGAUCACUCUUAGUUUUUGCACUAAUGCACAUUUGUUCCCUGUUGACACGGUCGUUACCGACUCCUGAAACCUAGGAAUGGGUGCUGAGCGCUCCAAUUAAAUGCAGAGCUAUCAUAAAGACAAGUUGUUCGGCUUGUCAGAUUGAAUAAUGUCCUCUAAUCAAUCAUUAAAGCAUAUGACUGGCUCAUAAUAGAGUCUGUUAUACAGUAAGCAUCAAAUUUGGACUCUCAUCCUCACUGGCUGCAGGAACAUCGGACUGUACCUGAAUUAUAACAUUUAAAUCUGUGUGGAUCCUUGGAUGUGAAGAACAGAACCUGUACAUAUUAGAUCUAUUAGCCAUAUCAUGUCAUCAAAUCUGUAGACCUCCUUGCCAUGUCUGACAGAGGAAAAUGACUGUUGAACUGUAAAUAGUGUAGGUAUAGUAAUAUAGGAUUUAACUGCUGCUUCUUUUCUCCAGGGAUCACCCAUGUUUUGCUCAGUCCCAUGGCUGCUUGGUCUCAAAGGGAAGGAUGAGACAAUAAUGUACUUGUCUAUAAAACACAUAUGAGUUCUUUUUUAUUUCAAUGUAUGUUUUAUAUACUGUCUGUCUUGUAAAUGAACUCCUUUUUCGUCAUAAAAGCAUGAUGUGACUCUGUCA